AUGUAUGACAUCGACAGAAUACGUAGAAGAGAGUACCCAGACCUCGACAAAACAUGCUACCUCGACUAUGGCGGGGCCACACCAUACGCAAAAUCACUCGUCAACCUAUCAGCAAAACUGUGGAAGUCAGGCCUAUACGGCAACCCGCAUUCCAACUCUUCAUCUUCGUUACGGGCCACAGAACACGUAGACCGGGCUCGACAAAACGUACUUGAAUUUUUCCGUGCGGACGCUGAGUAUUUCGACGUGGUUUUCGUCGCCAAUGCCACGGCAGCAAUAAAGCUGGUUGCGUACAGUUUUCAAGAAAAGGGGUUCUGGUAUGGUUAUCAUACAGACGCCCACACAAGCCUCGUUGGUAUUAGAGAGCUUGCCGAUAUAGGGUACCACUGUUUUGGAUCAGACAAAGAGCUGGGCGAAUGGAUUGGAUCUUCCAAGUCUCAGGAAGAUGGCAUCAGCUAUCUACCGGUGGAUCGAGACAAUACACAUGGAGGGAUAGCAGACAAAGGAAUAAUUAAAUUGGUCGGAUACCCAGCGCAAUCGAAUAUGACCGGUCACCGUACACCGAAGCAAUGGGCCAAGCAAAUGCGGCAGAGAAAUCACUCUAACCACGGACGUCUGUACACUCUCCUGGAUGCCGCUGCAUAUUGUUCCUCGGCUCAGCUUGAUCUUUCUGAUCCCGAUGCUGCGCCUGACUUUACUAGCGUCAGCUUCUACAAGAUUUUCGGCAUGCCAGAUCUUGGAGCAUUGAUAGUGCGCAAAGAGUCCAGUGCCAUUUUGACGUCGCGUCGGUAUUUUGGAGGCGGCACGGUAGAUAUGGUUCUUGCAUUUGAUCACUUCCACGCAAAGAAAUAUCAGAAUACACACGAAAUUUUGGAAGACGGUACCGUUCCAUUUCAUAGCCUCGUUAUGCUCAAUACCGGAAUUAUCCUACACAAGCGCCUAUUCCACUCAAUGGAUGAGAUAUCAGAGCAUGCCUCUCAACUCGCGCAGAUCCUAUAUACAGAUCUAUCGCGGCUACGGCAUGCAAAUGGCCGCCCGGCUUGCAAAAUCUAUAAAGAUGAAAAUUCUAUCUAUGGCGACGGUGUGACACAGGGGCCAACUGUUGCUUUCAACAUCUGCAUGUCAAACGGUGCGUGGGUUCAACAUGACCAUUUCGAAACGCUCGCAAGCGCGUGCAACAUUCAAAUUCGCACCGGCGGAGUGUGUAACCCUGGUGGUAUUGCGGGACAUUUGAAUCUAGCCAGCUGGGAGAUGAGACGUAACUACUGUGAGGGCUUUCGAUGUGGGCAACCUUUCAAAGUCCGUGGUGGGAAACCAACUGGCGUCAUUCGAGCAAGCCUUGGUGGCAUGUCCAACAAAAAGGACGUCGAGACAUUUGUCGCAUUCAUACAACAAUUUUUCGUGGACGAUCGGUAUCAACAGCAUAGUAGCUCCGUGGUUGGAAAAACUCUGAGAAAACGCCAGCGAACCUGGACCAUGAAGUAUCUGCGGGUUUUUCCAAUACGAUCGUGCCCCGCUUGGGUCCUUCCCACCUCACAAGCCUGGGAGCUAGAUCAUUGUCGCUUUGCCAUGGAUGGAGAAUGGUGCCUUGUCAAUCUUGAGACAGAUAAAGUUUUAGAAGAUCGUACUGCUACCAACGACUUGGCAGUGCACAUCAACAUAGAGUUGGGUCGACUCUGCUUGGAGACAUCAAAGUGCGAGCCACGUUGCACAUUUGACGUUGAUCUGUGGGAGUUACCGACGGGAGACUGGGUUCUCGACUCCCUAGAGGAAACCGAACAGGGUACAUAUAGAAUGGCUCGGAAAUUUGUGUCUAAAGAUCUUGACGAUUUCCUUACCCUCGCCCUUGGUCAGCCUACGACAUUGGCCCGCUUGUAUGAUUUUAUAGAAGAGCUUCCAAUUAGCACGUCGCCAGAAAGGGCCAGUGCUCGCGCGGCUCCCAGUGGAAUAUUUAUUCAGUUUUCAGGCGAUGCCCCUGAGGAGGAUGUCCACAUUUUGCUCAACCGUACCCAGCCAAACACAGAUCUAAAUGAAAAGUACCCACCAAUGCUUCAGAUUGGGAACCAGACUCUAGUUCAUUCAUCAUGGGGCAAUCAUAGAGACUACAAGGGCAUUCACAAGCGCAACGUGGCUAACUAUUACCGUCUCUCGGAUGUUGAGGAAAACAUAACAUCCCAGAAUACGGUAGUGCAUCUCUCAGACCCAGUCGUGGAGUUGAGGUCAACGUCGACAAGCGAGGGGGAAGCCGAUUCCCGUGACUAUCAUUUCUGUCCAGUAGCUAACUGUCGAGAGAAAUACGUUGACUACUCCAUGUUUCGGCAGCAUCUGACGAGCCAUGCUCGUUUUUUUGUGCGUCCCCGCAGGAGUAGAUGCUGGUUCAGGUGA